CCACAACCUUGUCUUCUUUUCCUGGCUACUUGUUCCUGGUUUUAUUGGUUCGGUGCAGAAGCCAUUAUAAAUUGUUCCUCUGAUACUGUUCUCUCUCGUGCCUGAUGGUUCCGUCUGUUUCCUUGGUUAGUACUGAGUUCUUGGUCUUGUUGCUCUAUUCGUUUUACCUGAUUUGUAUCUUCAUAUGUUGUGCUCAUCUUAGAAGCGCUUAUGGUUUCUAUUUCAUCCGAAACUUCUCUGUACGUGUUCUUCAAUACACGAGAAGAAGGAUUUGCUACGAGGAGAAUGAGCUCCUAUGCUUUGCUUUGAAGAAGUCUUUUGAUCGUAACCAUGGGCGCUCAAGAUUGACCAAGAAAUUCUACCCAGAAAACACGGAAAAUGAAUGAGCAAAUCCGAAAGAAGACUUGGGAAUAGCAACGAAGUCUGGUCUGAAACAUUGACUGACUAAUUUUGCCUGAACUGAGGUUCAAGUAUGGCUGUAGUCUUUCUUUCUCCUCCGGAAUCCCCAAACCUUGAGAAUUCUCACUCGCAAACCUUCACGGAAUGAACGCAUCGAAUCAUGGUCUUUCGUAUCGUAAAUCAGUAAUUUCACUGUGUCAUCAACGCUCAUCAUCUUUCAUUCUUAUCGAUCCUCCCAUUUAAUUCUUCCACCCACCCAUUUAAUUUAGCUGGACAAGAAUGACAGGAUGAGAGGGACAUGCACUAUGGAAAGGAAGAUUCCUUCAAAUGAGGCACUGCGAAAUAUAGGUCUUCUUCUCUGUUCAUUUAAGCUUCAGCUGUAAGCCUAAUCGUUCUUUUUUGUUUGGUAACUUCGAUGGUCAUGGUGGAAAUGGAAGUUAGCAUACUUCCAAUUUAGAGGCGACGACACAAGCAAAAGAAAGAUGAAGUUGAAGCAUCACAAACUCGGAGACAAGUACAGAAUCGUGUUCUCCAGCUGCAAGUUUCACUCCCUGAAACUGGCCCUCUUUGUCAUUACAUGUUGCACGGUGUUAACCCUCCUCUACUCGCCAACAGAGCGCAAUGAGCAUCGCCAGCAGUCCGAUUCCAGGUCUAGAUUUGUGGACGUUGGGUCGAUUUGGCAGAACACAUCGUCAGAUCCUCGAUACGUAUCAGAUACGGGUGUCGAUUGGCAACAAGUAUCGAGCGCUCUGCCAAGUGUUGAUGGCACAGAGCAUAGUCUCAAGAUCGGCUUGCUCAACUUCAACUUCACCGAGGUCGGCGUCUGGCGGCGCGCGGUGCCAAAUGCUGAGUUUUCCGGCGUCCACCUUGAGUACGCCGACGCGAGCAUCACUUGGAAUGUUCUGUACCCGGAGUGGAUCGAUGAGGAAGAAGACAACGAAGUGCCUGCCUGUCCAUCGCUUCCUGAGCCCCGAGUGAAGAAUGGAUUAGAACUCGACGUCGUCGCUGUUAAGCUGCCCUGCCGUAGGUCAGGCAGCUGGUCGAGAGACGUUGCCAGAUUGCAUUUGCAGCUCUCUGCAGCCAAACUCGCCGCAGCAGGACGCUCCCCGGUCCAUGUCCUCUUCGUCACCGAGUGCUUCCCGAUCCCCAACCUGUUCAUCUUCAGAGACCUCGUCAGAAGAGAAGGAACCGCUUGGCUGUACAAGCCCAGCGUAGCGACGUUGAGGGAGAAGCUCCAGCUUCCGAUCGGGUCAUGCGAACUCGCUGUUCCACUGAAAGCACGAGUGCGGCCACAGACUGGGAGUGGAACGAGAGAAGCAUAUGCGACGAUACUGCACUCUGCAGAGGUCUACGUCUGCGGCGCCAUCGCCGUGGCUCGGAGCAUCCGCUUGGCGGGGUCGACGAGGGACCUCGUCAUACUGGUCGACGAAUCCAUAAGCGACCACCACCUGGGCGGCCUCGAAGCCGCAGGAUGGAAGGUCAGAACGAUCCAACGGAUCCGAAACCCCAAGGCGGAGAAGAACGCGUACAACGAGUGGAACUACAGCAAGUUCCGGUUGUGGCAGCUCACCGACUACGACAAGGUCAUCUUCAUCGACGCCGACCUCCUCAUCCUGAGGAACAUCGACUUCCUGUUCAAGAUGCCGGAGAUAUCCGCGACGGGGAACAACGCCACCAUCUUCAACUCCGGCGUGAUGGUGGUCGAGCCCUCCAAUUGCACCUUCCAGCUGCUGAUGGAUCACAUCGACGAGAUCACGUCUUAUAAUGGUGGCGACCAGGGAUACCUCAACGAGAUCUUCACGUGGUGGCACCGCAUCCCGAGGCAGAUGAACUUCCUGAAGCACUUCUGGGAGGGCGACAGCCAGAGCGUGAAGGCGAGGAAGACGAGGCUAUUCGCGGCCGAGACGCCCGGCCUCUACGUCCUGCACUACCUGGGGCUGAAGCCAUGGCUCUGCUUCCGGGACUUCGACUGCAACUGGAACUCCGUCCUCUACCGGAGUUUCGCCAGCGACGAAGCCCACGCGACGUGGUGGCGCGUGCACGACAGCAUGCCGGAAGGCCUCCAACGCUUCUGCCUGCUGUCCACGGUGACGAAGGCCGGGCUGGAGUACAACCGGCACAAGGCCGAGAAGGCCAACUUCCCCGACCAGCACUGGCGCCGCAACGUGACCGAUCCCAGACGGCAUCUGUGCUUCGAGAAGUUUUGCCGGUGGGAGGACGUGCUGCAGCACUGGAACGGGUCGCACACAUCGUCCACUGCUCGAUCUACUUAGCACACCAUCAUCAUCGGCGAUGCCCGUCUUCUUUAGCACAUACAGCCCACGUAUACGACUCCGUGACGGCUUACAAGAUGUCAAGCGAACUGUCUGUUAUAAAUUGUUCAAAUUAAAAAGAAAAAAAAUUUCUUUUC